AAAAAAGGAAAAAAAAAAAAAUGGAAUUCGUGGGCACAAGCUUAGCUGCGUUUUGGCCUUCUUCAAUCCUUCGUUUUCAUGUGUUUUUCUUAAUUUCUGUAACCACACAAUGCUUCCAACCUGCUGAUUGUCUCACUAAAAUGGGAAAUGAGACUGACAGGUUUGCUCUUCUGCAAUUCAAAGGCAAGAUAAGCAGUGAUCCAAAUGACAUCUUCAGCUCAUGGAAUGAUUCUGUCCACUUCUGCAAGUGGCAAGGUGUUACUUGUGGCCCCAAACAUCAGAGAGUUAGGUCUUUAAAUCUGCAGGGCCUGAGCUUGUCAGGGACCAUAUCUCCACAUGUAGGGAAUCUCAGCUUCUUGAGGUUCCUCAGGCUUGGUGACAACAGAUUCCAUGGGGAAAUUCCUGAAGAAGUUGGUCAAGUCUUCCGAUUGAGAUAUCUCAACCUGACGAAUAACCCAUUGAGUGGUGAAAUUCCAAGUAACAUCGGCAAUUGCUCAGAGCUUGAGGAUUUAAUAUUGAUUUAUAACAACUUAGUGGGAAAAAUACCUGCUGAGCUAGUCUCUUUAAGGAAGCUGGUGGCUCUUUACAUUGGUAAAAAUAGUCUCACGGGAGAGAUCCCACGUUCCUUUGGAAAUCUUUCAUCCCUCCAAAUGAUUUACUUAGGAGAAAAUCAUUUGCAGGGAAAGAUACCAAAUGAAUUCGGACAAUUAACAAGCUUAACUUGGCUUGAGCUCGGAGCUAAUAAUCUGAGUGGUAAAAUACCUCCUGCACUUUACAAUAUCUCAUCUAUCAAUACCAUUGGCACGACAUAUAAUCAAUUAAGUGGCAGUAUCCCGGCAAACAUAGGCCUUACUCUUCCUAACCUGAAAGAACUGUUGUUGGCUCAAAAUGGAUUUUUUGGAACGAUUCCAGAAUCAUUGGCCAAUGCUUCUCGGCUUCAGCUUAUUGACAUCUCCAACAACAGUUUCACGGGGCAAUUUCCAACCAAUCUGGGAAAUCUCAGGGGUCUACAAUCGCUUCAUUUGGAGUUCAAUUUCUUUGGCAGUAACACAAGUCAAGAUUUGAGUUUUGUACCAUCUCUGGCCAACUGCAGCAAUCUGCAACAACUAUACUUUGAUGGAAACAAUUUCGGUGGUGCAUUACCUAGCUCCGUAGGUAAUCUGUCCAACCUUGUCCAAUUAGGCCUAGGACGAAAUCCGAUAUCGGGAACAAUCCCAGAAGAGGUAGGGAAUCUUGUGAAUUUGUAUCGAUUGGAUAUGGAUGGGAAUCUUUUUUCUGGUAGUAUCCCUAUUUCUUUUGGAAAGCUACAAAAGCUGGAAAGGCUAACCUUAAAUCAAAAUCUACUUUCUGGAGAAAUCCCAGUGUUCCUAGGUAACAUCACCAAACUAUAUUGGCUUCAGUUAGAAGGAAACAAAUUCCAAGGAAACGUAAAUCCAAGUCUUGGAAGCUGCCAAAAUCUUCGUUUCCUAGAUGUCUCAAGAAAUAAACUGACGGGCAUUAUACCCUCACAAAUCCUUGGCCUUUCUUCCCUAUCAGAAACUCUCAACUUAUCACAGAACUCAUUGACGGGCAUCAUACCCUCAGAAGUUGGCAACUUGAGAAGUAUUAAUGCAUUAGAUGUCUCAGAGAACAAACUCUAUGGGGAAAUUCCCAAAACAAUAGGUGAUUGUUCUAGGCUAGAAAUCCUUAACAUGCAGGGUAACUUCCUGCAAGGACCCAUUCCCUCAACUUUUGUUUCAUUGAGAGGUCUCCAACGAAUAGAUCUGUCCAGAAACAACUUGUCAGGAAAUGUUCCAAAUGAGUUGGAGAAGCUUAUCUUCUUGCAAUAUUUGAAUCUUUCUUUCAAUAAUUUUGAGGGUGAGGUACCAAAAACUGGAGUUUUCAGCAACGCAACUGCAUUUUCGCUUGCUGGAAAUAGUAAUCUUUGUGGUGGUAUCCCAGAAUUGCGGCUGCCAGCAUGCCCUGUCAAAAAAGAAAAACAUAGAAGGACUUCCAUUGUUAUAAUCCUCACCACAACCAUCAGUUCAUUUUUGUUUGUGAUGAUAGUGACGUCCUUGUGUGUUUUCUAUCGGCGAAAGUCAAAAAAGAUUCCAAUUUUCUCACCUUUUAUGGUGGACAAGCUUCCUCAAAUUUCAUACAGGGAACUCUUGAAAGCAACUGGCGGAUUCUCUUCAGAAAACUUAAUUGGGCAAGGCAGUUUUGGUUCAGUAUAUAAAGGAAGUCUUGAUGAGCAGGCAGAAUGUUUUGUUGCUGUGAAGGUACUCAACCUUCAGCAACACGGUGCUUCCAAGAGCUUCAUUGCAGAGUGCAAAGCAUUGAAAAACAUCCGGCACCGGAAUCUUGUUAAAAUCUUGACGUACUGCUCUAGCAUUGAUUUUAAAGGUAAUGAUUUCAAAGCUCUAGUGUUCACAUUCAUGGCAAAUGGUAGUUUGGAAAUGUGGUUGCAUCCAGAACAAAAUGGUAAUAGGCAGACGAGGAAAUUAAACUUUCUUCGAAGACUAUGCAUUGCCAUUGAUGUGGCUUCUGCAUUGCAUUAUCUUCAUGACCACUGUGAUACGCAAAUCGUUCAUUGUGACUUGAAGCCAAGCAAUAUUCUUCUUGAUAAUGACAUGACUGCUCAUGUUGGUGACUUUGGAUUAGCGAGGCUAAUUUCUGAAUGCACCAGUAAUCCUUCUCAAAGCCAAAUUUUCUCAACAGGAAUAAAGGGAACUGUUGGCUACAUGGCUCCAGAAUAUGGAGCAGGCAGCAAUGUGACAACUUAUGGAGACGUGUAUAGCUUUGGAAUACUUUUGUUAGAGAUGUUCACAGGAAAGAGACCAACUCAUGAAGUUUUUACAGAUGGCUUAGAUCUCCACAACUAUGUUAAGACUAAGCUCCCAGGACAAGUCAUCCAGGUUAUGGAUCCCACAUUAUUCACUCUAGGAGAAGUGGGGGAAGCUACAGCAGCAGCAGAAAAUAUGGAUGAUGAAAGCAUUGAAGAUAGUGUACGAGAAUGCGUGGUAUCAGUCCUUCAAAUUGGAGUCGCAUGCUCUGCAGUAGUGCCACAAGAUCGAAUGAAUAUGAGGGAUGUAACAAGCAAACUAAAUGCUAUCAGGGUUUCUUUCACAGGGACCAGAAACUAGCUUAAUAUGGAUUUGAUAUGUUUCAGAAGCACAACUUUCAGAAUAAUGAGUUAUUGAGACUCAGAAACUAGACGUUAUUCCAGUUCACAAAAUAUAAUUGAAGCUUUCCCCCCUCCCCACUUCCUCCGUUCUCUCCCAAACCACCAACCCCCCCACCCAUCCUCCCUCCCCCCUCUCUUUUUAUAAUUGUUUAUCUCAAUAGUGAACUUUCGCAUUGACACAAAUUUCUUCUCGUUUAAAUUCAAGUUCAAAAAGGGGAAUGCUAGAUUUGAUUAAUGCAACAGUUCCAUCAGGAACUUGCAUGGGAAUAUGAAGUU